AAAUAUAAGUUCUUCAUAAAGUUUAAUUAUACACAUUUGAUUCUGUUCCAAAGUUUUAUUUUAAAGGUUCAAACCGGAAGUCGAGAGUUGCUCUUUGCAGCCUCACUGGUAGUUCAAACUGCUUAUUACCCCUGGAAAGGGGAUGUGUGUUUCCAUAUGACUUGUUGCACGCCCCUCUCACUUUGACGCAUAUCAACACAGGCUGCGCGCUUUAGUUCAAUUCGGCUCGAUUUACCAAGACCUGCCUCGCUGUCUGACGGUGAACAAUGCAGACCCAGUCACAAAAGUUUGUAAAGUUUGUGUCACUCACGAGGAAAGCGGCGAGGGAUCUCUUGAUUGACUGCAGGAUGGUUUAGACUCCGAGUGAUUUUUUUUCCCUGUGGAAAGUUAUCUGAAGAGUUAGAGGGAGAUACGAAGAGCUGCGCUUUGGUGCCAGAGGGGAUCAUUUGGCUUUCCUUUCUGGAUUUGGCAAGAGCACCGGGAGCUUUAUCUGGAUUAUAAAUUAAACUUAAACUAUCACUUCUGAAGCAUUUUAUUCUUUUAGUAGCAUCUUAUCAGAGUUUUGUUUCGGACAACUCUUGGAUAAUCUUUACUGUGGAGCAACUUUUGGAGACGUUGGAUCUGAAUUACGCACGGGAUUCCUCUGACAAAUGACAGCUUUUAAGGGAUUUUUUGCGCUCUUAAUUCACCCCCUCGGCUCCUUGUAUCGCACCAAUCCACGGCACCACUCCCCUCGCCAGGUGAGGUAACCACGGGGAGUGAAAGUUUCUCUGUUUCUUCCCCGAGGAUGUGGGGAGGAGGAGGUUUACCGAUGUAUGUCACCGUGAUCGCGACUCUUCUCUUGGUCAUCAUUAACGUGAAAGCCAGUGGAGAGUAUUGCCACGGCUUUCACGACUCACAGGGCGCGUGGAAAGAAGGUUUCCAGUGCCCUGAGAAGAUCGACGGCGAGGACUCGAUCAUCUGCUGCGGGAAAUGCGAGCUGCGCUACUGCUGCUCCAGUACGGACGCGCGGCUGGAUCAGGGGAGCUGCGACAACGACCGGCAAGAUCCAGGGACAGAGAGCAAGGAGGACAAGGAUUCUGGUGCAGUGCCCAUCUACGUGCCCUUCCUGAUUGUGGGCUCUGUCUUUGUGGCUUUCAUCCUGGUGGGCUCUGUGGUCGCUGUGUGCUGCUGCCGCUGCCUCCGACCCAAACAGGAGCUUUCAUCAGGAGGUGCGACAGGAGGCGGAGCCGGUGGCGGACGCCUUUUGGAGACCAUCCCUAUGAUGGCCAGCUCAGGGACCUCCAGAGGCUCGUCAUCCCGCCAGUCCAGCACGGCAACCUCGUCCAGCUCCUCCGCCCCACCGGCUGCUCCCCGCCAAGUUCCCCCUCCUCUCAUGCGGGCUCAGGCCUCCUGCUGCCUGCCCCCUGACGCCAGCGUCUUCGUCAACAUGCCCACUAACUUCUCUGUGCUCAACUGCCAGCAGGCCACACAAAUCAUGCCUCACCAGGGGCAGUUUCUGCACCCGCAGUACAUUGGCUAUGCCCAUCCUGUGGCUGCCACAGCAGCCUUCCUGGACCCCACUCAGGGAGGAUACAGACCUCUCCAGUCCCCCUGCCCGCCUCCUACCAUUGGGUCCAGUGUCAACAGUGAUCAGAAAUUCCCUCCAGUUACUGUGUGAUGAUGGGCCGACCUGCAGACCACUCUGUCGUGAAGUUUAAACCUGUGAGGGCCGUGUUAGAGACCUUAAAGGCGAGCUGCCUGAGUGGAAAAGAAAUGCAGGAAAUCAGACUCACAUGAAGGACUUAUGAGGCAGCAGGGUCUGCCUUCCUAAUGUGUGAUGUGUGUGUCUGUUUGUGUAAUGUGACCCCUUGGCAAGUUGAAAUGAGCGAAGCUCAACUUAUGAUGGGAUCAGACAGAUGUCGACGGAAAACAAAUUUCUGUCUUGAUGUAAAGUCAAAACUGAAAAUUGGAGUGUUUUACAGCCCAGGUGGGCGCUCGUGCACAGCUCCCUGCAGCCUGCAGCUCAAACAGUGCAGUGCAUGUGUGUUUGCAUGUCUGUGUACGAGAGUGAGAAAAAGAUUUGUUGGCUUAUAAGUGCUAGUUUGAGUGAUGACUGAAUGAUUUAUAGCAGUGAACUGUAUGAAAAGUGGAUAUUCAGGCAAAAAAAUAUGACCACAUGCUGUGUUUAUGCCAUGUGCACAUCUGCACUUACAUACAGUGUGUGUUUGUUUAUGCUGAAAGUAUUAGGAGAGAAAGCUUGUGAAGAGAUGUCUGUACUGUGUGUGUGUGUGUGUGUGUGUGUGUGUGUGUGUGUGUGUGUGUGUGUGUGUGUGUGUGUGUGUGUGUGUGUGUGUGUGUGUGUGUGUGUGUGUGUGUGUGUGUGUGUGUGUGUGUGUGUGUGUGUGUGUGUGUGUGUGUGUGUGUCUCAGUGUGGAUGGACGGGGUUGUGUGAGUAACUAUGAGUGAGCUGUGUGUAAUGGGAAAUGCAGGUGGUGUGAUGUGAAAGGCAGUCGCAACCUCCCUGUAGACCAUUUAAAGUCUAAUGAAGUGAACACAGGACAUAGACUGUGACGCUCCACCCUGCAAUGCCCCACUGCCCCCACCCUACUUCUGCCACCCAAAAAGAAAAAACAGAAAUAAUCCCAGCUGCCCCGAGCGGAAACACACCAACCCAACAGAAAAUAAUCACGAGGUAACAGUUAAUGUACCUGACAGGUGUGAGUGUGACAGAGAGGGAGGAGUCAGCUCUCUGAAGAUUACACAAUUAAUUAUGCUGCCAACUGCCCCUUCAUUUCUUUACUGCCAGUGUGUUUGAAUGUGUGUGUUUGUGCGUGUGUGUGUAUUUAACACUCCCACAGGUCAGUGCAGAGUGCACAAGCGGCUCCAGGGCAGCUCUGAGUCAUUAUUUUUCCACUGAAAAAGGCACAGAGUUGCAGUUAUUAGUUGUUAAUCUGAAAGGUUGAUUUUGGUGCUUCACAGUGCAGCAUGCUGCUGUGUGCAGCUGGCUCACUGGUAACUCAGUAACAUGCAACCUGAGGAAUGUGCUGCUCCACUGAGCAUGCAGCACGAGAUGUCCCAAAGUACUAACAAUGGGAACAUUUGCAUCGGCACUCCCGGCGCCGUGUCUGUGAGACACAGUGUGCAGCGUGUGAGAGGUAAAUAAGAGUAUCUGUAAAACGAUGGAUAAUCAUCGGUCUCAUUUUGAUGCAGGAGUGACAUUUUCAUAUGAAUUCUAUAAAUAAACAGCUUUUAAACAA